UAAUAUAGAAUUUAAUCUUUUUAGGUUGUCCUCUAAAAAAAAUUGGGAAUAACGGCAAAAAUGUGAUAAGGAGAAGGAAAGCAAAAAUGUGGUCGUCAAGCUUCUUAGCUGCUACCCAUUUAUCUUCUCCUCCCAAGCUUUCUCCACUGUCAUCUUCUUCCUCCUCUUAUCAUCACAAGAUCCAAACCUUCCUCUGUUUUACUCAAAAUCCUUCGUCCACUUUUGGCGUUAGUUUCAGCAAGAGACACUUGAAUCUCUCGAUUCUCACGCUCUUGCUCAAUGGUGGGUUCUUGUUGGAUAAGGCUAAAUCCAUGGAAGAGUCGGGAGAUCUUCAAAGAUACACUGAUUUGAAAGAUGGCUUCACGCUUCUUGUACCCUCUUCUUGGACUAAGGUGGAGAAAGCAGGAGCCAAUGUUCUGUUUGAAGAACCAGAGAAACGAAGCAACAAUAUUGGAGUUGUGGUUAGUCCUGUCCGAAUAAAGAGUCUUGAAGACUUUGGUACUCCUCAAUUUGUAGCUGAUAAUCUCAUCAACGCAGAGAAGCGAAAGGAAAGCACAAAGGAAGCAGAAAUUGUAUCAGUAGGAAAGAGAUUAGGACAAGGACAAGGACAAGUGUAUGAAUUUGAGUAUAAAAUUGACAGCACGAGAGGAGGGAUCAAACGGGUUUUCUCAGCUGCGUUUGUGAGCUCUGAGAAGCUUUAUAUACUGAACGUUGUUCAUUCAGACAGUCCAGAGAAUCCACUGGAUUCAAGCACGAGAGUGUUGUUGGAACAAGUUCUUCACUCCUUUGAUGCUCUGCCUCUCACAUAAACUCGCCAUCCAAAUAAUAGUAUCUUUCUUGCAAGGCUCAUUUGGUAUUUCUGGGCUUAUUCUUGAGAGCAAUCUAUUAAAGCCCAACAAGUUUCAGGUUUCUUUUAUUACGAAUAAUGUGACGGGACUAGUCGAACACUUUUUUUUUAGUUGAACACUUAUUUCUUUCUCAUCUUUAUGUAAUGUAUUUGAUUGAGAGCAACAAUUAAAAUGUCAGUUCCAUAAAACUA